AUGAUUCAAAUCAAAGGUCCUAAGCUAAACUUUAAUAUGCCUAUUAAAAUAUAAGACUUGAUGGAAGAAAAACCAUAUUCAUAAUUUGAUCUUGAAAGCACAGACUGCUUCAGGAAUUAAAAAAUUUCUAAAUAUGUAAAAUUUGCCCCAACAACUACUAUUUUUCUGAGAUACUAAGAUGAAGAUAUCUAUAGAUUCAGAGAUAGACUUAAAACAUAAGUAUAAAUAACAAAAGAGACAUUUAAUCUUAACCCAACACUUGAGGAUUCCCCAAAAAAAUAACAACUUAAAUCAUGCAUGAAAAUUGCUAUCGAUUCAGAUUAUUGA